AUGGGCGAAUCUCGAAUGGAACUCCUGGGAUGGUUGAACAACCUCCUCCAGAUCAACUACUCCAAGGUCGAGCAGUGCGGCACGGGUGGCGCAUAUUGCCAAGUUAUAGACUCAAUCUUUGGUGAUAUACCAAUGACUCGUGUCAAGAUGAACGCGAAACACGAAUACGAGUAUAUCGCCAACUUCAAGGUUCUCCAGAAUGCCUUCAAAGCCCACAAAGUCGAGAAGCCGAUUCCCAUAGAACGCCUUGUCAAGUGCAAAAUGCAGGACAACCUCGAGUUCCUGCAGUGGAUCAAGCGUUUCUGGGACACCAACUACGGUGGACAGGGCUACGACCCCGUCGCUCGACGACGAGGUGCCCCCGCCGACACCCCCGCGACGAUCGCUCCCCUCGGCGGCGCCUCUCGUGCGACAGGUGGACUGGGAGCGGGCGGAGCGCGCGCAGGUGGAAGAACACCGGUAUCUGGUCACCGUUCAGGGUCGACGCAGCCGAACGAGGCAUUGCAGACUCUGCAGGCCCAGCUGCGGGAUAUGAACGCGCACCUAGAGGGGCUCGAGAAGGAGCGUGACUUCUACUUCGCGAAGCUGCGGGAUAUCGAAAUCAUGGUGCAGGGACAGAUGGAGGUGCUACAGGCAGAAGACAGGGACGACCCGCUUCUCCGCGACAUUCAAAAGAUCCUGUACUCGACCGAGGAGGGCUUUGAGGUUCCAGAAGGGGCAGUCGAUGAAGAGGAGACGUUCUAG